CCUUCUUCAUUUGUUGUCCAUGUCCGGUGUUGUGCCGUAAAAGGCAUCCCCUGCAUCCCAUCCUCUAAUUAGCUUCUUAAAGUGGAAGAAAAUUAUCUCAAAUGAUAAUAAUAACACGAGUAUUGUACCCUGACAACAUGUCAAACGGAGCAGAAAACUUUCGUUCUGUUUGUAUAUGUCUCAAUGACGCACAUAUAGAGGUGUACUUGGGUCUGUUAACUGUACAGUUAGCCAUUAGCUAUAGUUAAUAGUAAAGAUGGCUAUAUUCCGAAUCAGAGGGCUAUUGUUUUCGGCUUAUCUGAAUAGCCUGAAUGAAGUCAUUAAAGACACGAGCUUUUGAAUCCACCCAACGCUAAGGAAAACUUGGAUUAUUUCGCCUUGUUAUGUACUUUCAACCGCGCUCCCGUCAGGUGAUGCAUUCUACGGCACAACACCGGAACCUUAGUACACAGCCGUGGACGAAGCCGGUCUUAAUUUCAGGCUGCACCUGGUGUCGUCGAUUGUUGUAGCAACCACAAGGCGCAACAGCGAGAGAUUUGUGACAGUAGUUGUCCAUGUUCGCAAGUAUCAGUCGAGAUGACGAAUUGGUCGCUUGAAUCAAUCUGUCCAAGUUUUAAAUUCAGUAUUUUCUGUUUGGGGAUUAAUUAGUUUGUUUAUUUGCAGCAAAGCUAACGGCUAACUUAGCAAAACACGCACAUUUAAUUCGACUGAGCUGUCUCUCUCUCUUCUGAUUUUUGCAGCCUUAUUAUUUUCAGCAGUACUGAUCUGGUUAUAAAUAGAGUUACUUUACCAUGUCUGCUGUUAACAGCCUUGUCCCUGCUCGUUUUUUGACGAUCAUAGCCCACCUUGUCAUAGUUAUCACGAUCUUUUGGUCGAGGGUAAGUGACAGUGUUUAUUUUUCCUACACCUUCUCAUCAUAAACAUGCUUUAUAAUUACUGCAUUUUGUUUGUGUCGUCCUGCUGGACUGUUUAAAAUCUGUGUUUUGCAGGAAAAUAAUAUUAAGGCUUGCUUGCCUUUGGAAUAUACACAGGAGCAGUAUGAAGAGGAAGACAGAAAGUAAGAAAACACUCGACAAACACAUAAACAUGUAAAGUUUAUAACUAUACAAAGAGUUGGAAUACAUUAAUCUAAGUUACUGUAAUUGAGUAGUGUUUGCGUACUUGUACAUUUUUGAUAAAUGUUUAAAAUAAAUCUGUACUGUCAUUUAAGUAUUCUCUAUUGGAAUUAUUGUAGUUCUCUUCAUGUUAUAUGGCAUUGGUUACUAGGUUAAAAAAAAUAGAAGGGGAGAGUAGGGUAAGUUGAGCCACCCUCUGUUGCUUGGAAAUGGUCAAAGAAAUUGAUCAUGUGACCAAAUAUUUAGGAGAUGGGCAUCAAUUCAUGGAGUCUGUGAAGGUAAGAAGCACAUGGGUGAAGGGGUUAGACAUUUAUUUACAAAAAAAAAAAAAAAAAGAAUUUCACUCUUGAAAGUGAAUUUAGUCUGUCAUAAGUUUUAUUAGAAUUGUGUUCAGAUCAAAAAAGAUCAUGGCAGCCAGUUGAUUGGGUGAGAUCUUCACUUCUUCUACAUUUCCUUUUGUCAAAAAUCUAAUUGUACUUCAUAUAAGCUUCUUUUACCAUGCAGGUUGGAACAUAAUUGUUGUUUUCAAAAGAUAUAUCGACCCAAAAACCAUUUCUGACCUGAAUGGCUUUGAAAUACAGUAUUCAAACUCACUUCACGCUGAUGCUAUUGGCUGUAGUUUGGGCAAAUAUGCUUUGACAAACUGAACAACUCAAGUACAAUUCAAACACAGUACUUUUUACAUUCGCUUGAGAAGAGCGGACUAGUAGUUUUAUGCCUACUUAAGAAAAAUGUCAUAAGCAACUGUACUUUUGCAUUUGUAGAACACAUUAUUUUGCUUUCCAUGAUCCCCUCUAUGUCUGUCUUUGUCUCAGGUUGGUAGUGGCACUAGCAGUUACUCUGGGUCUGUUUGGAGUGGAGCUAGCUGGGUUCUUCUCAGGUGUCUCGAUGUUCAACUGCAGCCAAGGUCUUCUGUGUAUCCUUUUCCUGCAGAGUCUGGGGAUCCCUCACUGAUGGUUGUUAAAGAAAUGCCAUAGAUAAGUUAAAGCUAAGAAAUUGUUGUGGGGAUCCCAACAUAAGUGUGUGGUUUAUGUUUGUAUAGAAUUGCUGAUAGUCAUCACCCCACAUGGUAUUUCACUAUUGGCUGAAAUAUUUCUUUAGAACCCCUCUGAGUUUAUCAAAAUAAUAAGAAAAAAAUGUAGUUUUCAGUUACAGUUCCAUGACCUAAACUUCAAUAUAGCAACAGGAGUCCACGCCAGUGCCUCAGUAGCACUGCUUUUCUUUCUUUUUGAGCAGUGGGACUGUGACAUCUAUUGGUGGAUCCUUGCUGUUUGCAGGUUAGUUCCAAUUUGCAUGUGAUGUUGUGUUGUUGUUUUCCUGAGAUUAUUUUUCCCUGACCUAUAUUGCACCCCAGCACUCGCUGUCCACUGCAGCGCAUCUGUAUCCUUGUCUCUCUUUGUGUCUGAGAAGUGGGAAUGCUGGACAUACUGGGUUAUUUUUGCCACGUGCAGGUUGGUGUGUGGGUGUUGCUCUGAGUGCAUGUAGUAAUGUGGCUGUAUCUCAUGAGAUCAGAGCAAUAGAGUCUCUUUAAACAGCAAAGCAUGGAUUCUUUAAGACUUGUGUUUUUAAUUGUUCUUCCUACAUUUCUAUCUCUCCUUCAGUGUUCUACCUGCUUUUGUGGAGAUUCUUCUGUUUAUAGCUGUUUUUGGAAUGAAGAAAAAACACCUAUGAAAGACAGAUUUGAUGUAAAAUCCUCCAACAAGAGUGGAUGUGGACAUCAACGUAUUAGAUGGUGAUAAUGCAUCCCCAUGUUGGGAUUUAUUGGUGAUGACAAAAUACAUUCCCCAGGCUCAUUUUUGUACUAAAUAUCAACAGAUUAAACACUUUGCUCUCAGUCUGUUUCUUUAACUCUUUUAUAAUAUACAUUUUGAAUGAUAGAGAUGCAGAAAAUGUAGUGUUGUGGUCUUUUUUAUCAGGUGCUGUGCUAAGUUUAGACAAAAUGUUACAGAAAAUUAUUAUUUUUUGUUUGGUCUGUUAUUUUUUCUGUUGAAAAGUCAGAAAACGUUUGUAAACUGAAAUAAAUUUUGUACCAGCUUUUUCUGAAA